UUUCUUUUUAUCGACCACCGUGUGUCCGUGUAGUGUAUACUCCAACUUUAUAUAUCCUUAUACUUUACUGAUGAGUCCUAGUUUCACUUAGUUUACGUAUUCACAAAAAGUACAUUUAUAUAAUAUUCCACGGUUCAUUUUCCAUACAUCGCGGAUUUUGUUGAAGUCUUAUGUAUUAAAAAAAUAAUAGUCGAAUUCAGGGCGGACGGUGUGUCCGGCGUAUUCAUCGACGGUCGACGGGUAAGCAUCGACCGCGAUAGAGUAUACUUUCUCUUAUUGCCAACGCAUAGACACACACUAUCAUAUAUUUCUGUACGCACGCAAACUCCCUCGAAUAUACACAGGUCGGUGAUUUAUAGGCGGCUUGUUUACAUACGGUGAAUGGUUUCUAGUAUGGGCUACAGUCGAAACCCGGUUAUGGCCGCGAGAGACCGUAGACGAGGACGGGACAGACGAAGUCGGAGUCCAAUACGUAGACGUGGUGGUCGUGGGGGAAGAGGUGAUCCUGGAGCGAAUUUACGUAAACCACGAUGGGAUACGAAAAAACUGGAACCAUUUAAAAAAGAUUUCUAUUUGCCACACGAAACAGUACAUAACAGAUCAAAAGCUGACAUAGAAAAAUACAGAGAAGAAAAAGAAAUAACAUUAGUUGGCGAUAAUAUUCCUAAACCAAUACUUAAGUUUGAUGAAAGUGGCUUUCCCGAAAUAAUUAUCAAAGAAUUAAAGAAACAAGGUUUUGUCGAACCAACUGCUAUCCAAGCCCAAGGAUGGCCAAUAGCAUUAUCUGGUAAUAACUUGGUUGGUAUUGCUUCUACUGGUUCUGGAAAAACAUUAUCGUAUAUUAUACCUGCAUUGAUACAUAUUUCUCAUCAACGAAAAUUGUCACGAGGUGAUGGACCAAUUGUAUUAGUUUUAUCUCCUACUCGAGAACUUGCCCAACAAAUACAGACUGUUUGUGAUGAUUUUGGUGAUGCUUUUGGAGUUAGUAGUACGUGUUUAUUUGGUGGAGCACCUAAAGGUGGUCAAGCAGCUGACUUGAGCCGUGGAGUUGAAUUAGUUAUUGCUACACCUGGACGUUUAUUGGACUUCCUUGAAAGCGAACGUACGAAUAUGUGUCGCUGCACAUACCUUGUUUUAGAUGAAGCUGAUCGAAUGUUAGACAUGGGUUUUGAACCUCAGAUUCGAAAAAUUAUUGAUCAAAUAAGACCAGAUAGACAAGUAUUAAUGUGGUCUGCAACAUGGCCCAAAGAAGUAAAAAAUUUGGCUGAAGAAUUUUUAGACGAAUACAUACAAAUAAAUAUUGGUUCGUUAACCUUGGCAGCUAACCAUAAUAUUCAACAAAUUGUUGAAGUUUGUCAGGAAUAUGAUAAAGAAACAAAGUUAAUAUCACUUUUAAAAAAGAUAAUGGAUGGAGAUGAAAAUAAAACUAUUGUUUUCAUAGAAACUAAACGGCGAGUAGAUGAAAUUACAAGAAAAAUUAAAAGACACGGGUAUUCAGCUGUAUGUAUUCAUGGAGACAAAUCUCAGUAUGAAAGAGACAAUGUUUUGAAAGAUUUUAGAGAUAGCCGUUAUCCUAUAUUAGUUGCUACAGAUGUGGCUGCUCGUGGACUUGAUGUGGAAGAUGUGAAGUUUGUUAUCAAUUUUGACUAUCCAAAUAACUCUGAAGACUAUGUGCAUCGUAUUGGUCGAACUGGUCGAUCCCACAAGACUGGUACUGCUUAUACUUUCUUUACACAGUCCAAUGCCAAACAAGCUGCUGACUUAGUGUCAGUUCUAACUGAAGCUAAUCAGACUAUAAGUCCAAAAUUAAAAGAAAUGGCUGAUAACUGGCGUUCUAAUGGAUUUUCUGGAAGAGGUGAUAGAAGACGUGGAUGGAGAAGUGGUCGAUCAAAAAAAUCUAAAAGUCGUUCAAGAAGUCGUGAUCGUUACAGACGUAGAUCAAUAUCUAGAUCCCGGUCUCGAUCAUAUUCUAGGUCUAGAAGUCGUAGUCGCUCACGGUCAUAUGAUAGACAUCGCAGGCGUAGACGUAGCAGGAGCUCGGAUUAAAGAAAAUUAAUGAACAAAAAAUAUAUUUCAUUAUGGUUGUUUUAUAUUAGACAAUGAUUUUUUUUUCAACUAUUGUUUUUCCCCUCUUAUUAAUGAUCAAUUUCUUGACUAUUUUUGGGUUUUACAUUAAGAUUAACAUCGUUAUCCAUCUUUAAUUUUACACAAAAAAAAUUUUUUCACAAUAUAAUGUUU